AUGUCCGUCAUGCUCAAGCCGUGGACGGUGCUGGUGGCCGUGCUGCUCUGCGUCCUGGUCUGCCUGGGCGCUCUGGCCGAGGCCUACCCCCCCAAGCCGGAGAACCCCGGAGAGGACGCGCCCCCCGAGGAGCUGGCCAAGUACUACACCGCCCUGAGACACUACAUCAACCUGAUCACCAGGCAGAGGUAUGGGAAGCGUUCAGCUCAGGAGGACGUGGUGGCAGAGCUGCUGUUUGGAGACAGUAACAGAGACCAGCGAUCGAGAUACGACGACUCCUACAUGUGGUGACUCCGCCCACCAUCUCCUUCUCCAUCCAGUACUCCCUCCGGCUGCUUCCCAGCAUGCAUCUGG